UUCCCGCGGGGCUCAUUCUGAGAACAAAAGGAGACCGUCUCUCGCUUUACCCUAUUUAGCUGAGUGCGGGGGACAGUGCGCAUGCGCAGCUGAUUGGAUCCAGAAAUCAUUUAUUCCAGCCCUUUAAACAAUUUCUUUCUUAAUUUUUUUAGAAGGAGAAAGACAUUGAUCAUGCUGCGAGCGUCCAGCGACUGAGAAAACAGCAAAUAUUUUUCAAAUAGCAAAUAAUUUGAUUUUUUUUCUUAUUUCCCCCCCUGUUUCCCUUGUUUUUUGCCCUUUUCUCAAUGCCCUAGCCCUCUCUGGAAGCAGAUCUCCCCAGUGGCUGUCAUAAAAGCAUGGAUCCCACCCAGAAGGAGGCUGCUAUCUUGUGUGUUGUUCAAUCGGGGGCAUUAAUGAUGGAGUAUCUCAGGGCCAGUGGUGAGGCAUCCUCGGCCGCAGCUUCUCGACGCCGGUGGGCAUUCCUCCAUUCGCUGGGCCAGCGAGGAUGCGAGGAAGAUGAAGAGGAGGAGGAAGAGGAGGAGGAGGAAGAAGAAGAAGAAGAAGUGGAAGAGGUGGUUUUGCUCUCCCGGCAGCCUUCCACCGCUGGGCUUCGUCGAGGCGGCCGCCUCCGUUCGGUGGAGCGGCGCUUCUGGGCCCGGCCCCGGAGCACCGAAUGGUGGGACCGCACCGUUUUGGAAACCUGGGACGACGCUCACUGGCUGCAGAACUUCCGCAUGCGCAAGGCCACCUUCCUGGAGCUCUGUGCCCGGCUCUCCCCGGCCUUGCAGCGCCAGAAGACGAGGAUGCGUGUCCCGCUGAGCGUGGAGAAACGGGUGGCCAUCGCCCUCUGGAAGCUGGCCACCUCGGUGUGCUACCGCGAUGUGGGCAACCAAUUUGGUGUGGGCCGCUCCACCGCCGGUUCAGUGGUGCUGGAGGUGUGCCGUGCCAUCCAGAGGGUCCUGAUGCGUGCCACGGUGACAGUGGGCGGCAACCUGGCUGAGAUCUUGCGCGGCUUCCAAGAGAUGGGCUUCCCCAAUUGUGCCGGGGUGGUGGGCACCACCCACAUGCCCAUCCUGUGCCCGCCGCACCAGGCGGCCGAAUACGUCAACAGCAAGGGCUACUACUCCAUGGCUUUGCAAGCUUUGGUCGACCACCGGGGAAAGUUCACCCACCUCAGCGCCGGCUGGCCGGGGAAGACACACGAAGCCAAGAUCUUCAACAAGUCCACCUUGUUCACCAAAGGCCAAGAAGGCACGCUCUUCACCCCGGGAGCAGUUGACAUCAAUGGGGUGUCCGUGCCCAGGGUCAUCUUAGGUGGACCAGCAUACCCUCUGCUUCCAUGGCUGAUGGUGCCUUACACAGAGGAGCUGGACGGCGCCAAGGAAACCUUCAACGCCACCUUGAGCCGGUGCCAGGAGCCCUUGGAGGAGGCCUUCAGCCGGCUCAAGGGACGGUGGCGCUGCCUGACGGGGCGCAACGACUGCGCGGUGGAGAACCUGCCCCGGCUCAUCUCGGCCUGCUGCGUCCUCCAUAACAUCUGCGAGGAGAAAGGGGAGGCCUACGAGGAGGCCUGGGAGGCCGAGGCCAAGCAGCUGGCCUCUACCUUCGAGCAGCCCCUCCAGCGCCCGGACGCACGCAUCAAGCCGGCCGCACGGUCCGAGAGGGUCAGGGAGACUCUGUGUGCCUACAUCGCUGGUGGCAGCGCAUGAGAAAGGAAGCAAGAGGAGAAGAAGAAGACAUCUUCUCUCCAAUGGAAGAGGUGGACAUCUCACCUUCCAAUGCAAGGUGCAUCUAAACCAGGCAUGGCAAACUUGGGCCCUCCAGGUGUUUUGGACUUCAACUCCCACAAUUCCUAACAACCGAUAAACUCAGUUGCUGUGAGUUUUCCAGGCUGUAGGGCCAUGUUCCAGAAACAUUCUCUCCUCACGUUUCACCCACAUUUAGGGCAGGCAUCCUCAGAGAUUGUGUGGCCUGUUGGAAACUAGGCAAGGGAGAUUUACUGUAUAUAGUAUAGAUUUACUGUAUAUACUCGAGUGUAUAAGCCUAGUUUUUCAGCCCUUUUUUAGGACUGAAAAAGCUCCCCUCGUCUUAUACUUGAUUGAGGGUCCUGGCCGGCUUCUAUUCAGGUCAGUUUAUACAGUAGAGUCUCACUUAUCCAAGCCUCCCUUAUCCAAGCCUCUGGAUUAUCCAAGCCAUUUUUGUAGUCAAUGUUUUCAAUAUAUCGUGAUAUUUUGGUGCUAAAUUCGUAAAUACAGUAAUUACAAUAUAACAUUACUGUGUACUGAACUACUUUUUCUGUCAAAUUUGUUGUAUAACAUGAUGUUUUGGUGCUUAAUUUGUAAAAUCAUAACCUAAUUUGAUGUUUAAUAGGCUUCUCCUUAAUCCCUCCUUAUUAUCCAAGAUAUUCGCUUAUUCGGGCUUCUGCCGGUCCGUUUAGCUUGGAUAAGUGAGACUCUACUGUACUUGAGUAUAUAGGUAUUCAGAGUUGGACAGUCUUAUCUUAUUAAAGUCUUAUUAUUAUCUUAAAUUACAGUUUUAUAUAAAUAUUCAAAAACAUUUAACCUACCAAUGCCUCAAAUAAUGCAAUUUUAUUAAUAUCUAUUUUUAUUUUUGAAAUUGACCCAUAGCUGCUGCAUUUCCCACCCUCGUCUUAUACUCGAGUCGAUAAGUUUUCCCAGUUUUUUGUCACAGUAAUUCGCAGCGUAGCAGCAGUUGUAUGUUGUUAAUGGAGCGCAGAAACGAAGAGACGUCAGAAACGAUGUUAAAAAUAUAUACAAAACUUUAUUUUACAAGACAAACAGAAUUGCAGACGAACACAGGCUUGGCUUUCACUCUAGGCAGACACAAACUCAGAACAGAGCAAGAUCUCAACUAACGCAAUCAGUAAUGUACAAACACACUUGAGUCUGGAUACUCCCCAGACACAUCAAGGUAACACAUCUUCUCAGUCAUUAACUCUUUACAGACUGUAGCAUACUCUGGAUGAUGCAACCUGCAUGCAAUACAUGCCAGACACAAAUUUCAUUUAAACACUACUAAUACACAAAUCCCACAUUAACAAUUUUGUGGUAAAAUUAGGUGCCUCGGCUUAUAUUCGUGUCAGCUUAUACUCGAGUGUAUAUGGUAAAUAUCUGUUGAAUAAUGUCCUGGGUGGGAGAAAGGACUCUUGUCUUCUUGAGACAAGUGUGAAUGUUUCCAUUGGCCACCUUGAUUAGCAUUGAAUAGCCCUGCAGAUUCAAAGCAUGGCUGCUAGCUGCCUGGGGGAAUCCUUUGUUGGGAGGUGUUCGCUGGCCCUGAUUGUUUCUUGACUAGAAUACUCCAGUUUUUGAAUGUUUUUUUUAAUUUAGUAUCCUGAUAUAAGUGAUUUUUAAUACUGGUAGCCAGAUUUUGUUCAUGUUCAUGGUUUCCUCCUUUAUGUUGAAAUUGUCCACAUGGUGGUUGCGAGCAUUUCUGGUUCAGCAUUUCUGUGUUCUCAAAUUAUAUUCUGUGUCCAGGUUGGUUCAUCAAGAGCUCUGCUAUGGAUGGCUUCUCUGGUUGGAUUAGUCUUUCAUGUUCCUUGAUUCGAGUUUGGGCAAUGCUGCUGAGUUUGGUGGUCCCUAUGUAGACUGCAUGGUAUACAUUAGACUCCUGCAGAGGUGAGAGGAUCCGGUAGGCUGUUAGAAAUUGUGGGAGUUGCAGUCCAAAACACCUGGAGGGCCGAAGUUGGCCCAUGCCUGCCCUAAAAGACAUGGAAAGCAACUGACAUGGCUAAUUGAGGAAUUGACCUUUUUUAUUAACCAUCUUAUCGGGCGGAAUCCAGAACCAAGUCUGCCCUCGAUGAUUAAUCAUCUAAGAAAAAAAAAGAACCUUUUUCACUGUUUUUCUAAGUUUGGAGUCACCAAUGGUGGCCAUAUUUUUAAAGACCCUAUGGAAACGGUGCUAGACAAAACGGUUGUAUAGGUAUAGUGUGCUUUAUCCGAAAGGCUUCUAUUUCGGUUUUUAUAAUACUCAGAAUUGGGAUUUUAUAAUACAUCCAUGUAGGUAAUGUGGUAUCUACAAAUUAGGCCCAGGUUUGCCCAUGCCUGAUCUACACUAUAGAAUGAAUGCAAUUUGGCACCACUUUAGUUGCCAGGGCUCAAUGCUACAGAGUCAUGGGAAUCGUAAUUUGAUGAGGCACCAGCCUUAUUGGGCAGAGAAGGCUCAAGACCUGGCAAAACUACAACUCCAAAGUUUUCGUUGCCUUGAGCCACAGCAGUUAAAGUGUUAUCAAGCUGCAUUCAUUCUACAGUGUAGAUGCACCCUAACGCCAAGGGUUUAUAAACGGGAUUGGCCAAUGCCGAGCAAACCAAAGUCAAAAACAAUAGUGUAAAUUUGGACUUUUGGAGUUUUUUUUAGUUUCAAUGUGUGAUGCAAGGGGAAGAGAAAUAGGACAGAAAGAUAGAAAUAAUAUGUCUUUAUUUGUACUUUUGUGGUGUAAUGUUAAUGCAGCCACUCUUGUGGCUUCUUUUAGAAUAGCCUGGGAAACUUCAAAUGACUUGGUGUUUUAGGGUUCCCCUAUGUUGUAUCUACACUGUCAAAUUAAUGCAGUUUGGCACCACUUUAACUGCCAUGGUUCAAUGCUAUGUGAUCCUGGAGUUGUAGUUUGAUGAUGUUAGGAUUUUCUGUCUGUUAAGGGAAACUACCCAAACAAAAAUACAAAAGAGCGUCCAAAAAUAACCCAACGGGAUACUUAUGGUUGAGCAUUCAGCUCACAGCAAGCAGAGCUUGAAGUGCCAUGUGGCUGUAAAGAAUGUAGAACUUAGGAGGCAAACAUGCAGAGUUCUGUCUUCAUAAUUACAAAAGGUUUAUUUACAAAAACAAUAUCAACAUUUUUUAAUUGUAAAGAACUGGGUCCUAACUAUAACUCUAUCUCUUCUAGGGUUCAUAAGAGAGGGGGGAAACUCCAAGACUCUACAUCUCUCCUGAUACACAAGCAGAGAGAGAUCUCAAUACACACUAUUCCUCAUUGAGGACUUCAGACUUGGGCAGUGUGGGGUUGAACUCCAACAGAUGAAUCAUCAGCACUUUUUGGCAGAGAAGGCUGAAGAUCUUGUAAAACUACAACUCCCAUGAGUCCAUAGCCUUGAGCCAAGGCAGUUCAAACUGCAUUAAUUCAACAGUGUAGAUCAGGCAUGGGCAAACUUCGGCCCCUCCAGGUGUUUUGGACUACAACUCCCACAAUUCCUAACAGCCUACUGGCUGUUAGGAAUUGUGGGAGUUGUAGUCCAAAACACCUGGAGGGCCGAAGUUUGCCCAUGCCUGGUGUAGAUGCACCUCUGCUCUUUCAAAAUAUGUAGAGGAAACCAACAUUAAAUGGAUAAUGGUUGUAAAGAAUGAGUUCUUACACAGGUUUUCAAUGGACAGGUGUAUUUUUUAUUGAAUUGUGCACGCAAACCUGAUCACGUUUUAGUCCCAUUGAAAGCAAUAUAACCCUGAAACCAUGAAGGGUGCACUAUUGGCUUCAUUGGGAUUAAAACAUCCAGAAAAAGGAUCCCUCCUGUAGAGUUGAAAGAAAGUUAAUACUUGGCAACACCAAGGAAAAUAAAGAAUAAAAUAGUUACAAAUACAAGCUGUAACUAAAAUUUAAUAAUAAUAAUAACAUGAUAACAUCUGAAAGCCUGGACAAACGGUGUAAAAGACAAAAGACUUUACUCUUUAUUUGUAUAUGUUCGCAAAUAUGCCAGUAUAGAAAUUAAAGUGUACUAUUUCUCACCCGUC